AAUAUCUGCGACAAAAGAGUGAUCAAAUUACGAUCCGACAUCUGUACCUUUAAAAAAAAUACAUCAUACCUGGACCCAUAGCCUAUUUAUUCCAGUCAUUCAUUAAUUCAGGUUGGGUGAGUGACGCCGGUCCAAGGGCAUGUGCUCUUUGAUCUUUACGUAAUCUUAUCCUUGCAUAAUUGUAUCCUUGCAUAAUUUUAUGCUUGCGUAAUCUUCUAUGGAGAUUUGGGCGCAGAGCUGUGUUUUGUUUGAAGCUGGACUAUAGGCGAGGAAGGAUUUCUCCUCUCUGUCUCUCUGCAUCCCGUUUGUUGUCCUUACGUUGGAGAGACUAUUACUGUACGGACUAAAACGAGGUGCAAAUUAUAAACAGACGUGUCUGAUUUGGUAGCGGAUGGAUUUCUAUUUCCGAGAAUGAUUGGAGGCUGAAUCUGAUCUGACGUUAAGACCUCAAUUAAGCGAUGCCUGGGAUUCCACCAGCUGCUGCUCCAUGCUGUGUAGAAAGAGACCCAGAAUACAGGAAGUUCUGCUCCUUUAAUAACAACACACCGACCGUCUCCUAGCAUGUUGCCUCCACGCAAAGCAGGCGCCCUUCCGGAGCCCUCCCCCUCUGCCUCUCCCUCUCUCAGCCUGAGGAGGAUCCAGGUUCGAUGGGCCUUGUACCUCUUCCUCUCCCUGGCCCUCCUCUGGUUCCCGUCUGGGGCGGUAGCCUCAACCCUCAACUGCCACAAGACCUGCAUCUGUGCCAGUAACAUCGUGAGCUGUUCCAAGAUGAACCUGACAACGGUGCCGACUGGCCUGCCUCUCUACACGGCCGUCCUGGACCUCAGCUACAACGACGUCUCCCGACUGAGGGCUGAGUGGACCACGGUGAAACUCACCAAACUCCACAACCUCCUACUCAGUCACAACGGCCUUCACUUCCUCUCCUCCGAGGCCUUCGUCUACGUCAAACACCUGCGCUACCUGGACCUGUCCUCCAACAACCUGCGACAGCUGGACGAGUUCAUCUUCGAACCGCUGGGGCAGCUGGAGGUGCUGUUGCUGUACAACAACCGUAUAUCUCAGAUUGACCGCUCAGCCUUCCAGGGUCUCCACAGCCUGCAGAAACUCUACCUGUCCCAGAACAUGAUCUCACGCUUCCCUCUGGAACUGGUCAAAGACAAGAACCGCCUGGAGAAACUCAGUCUGAUGGACAUCUCCUCCAACAGGAUCAAGGUCCCCCCCAUCGCGGAGCUGCAGGUGCUGCCUGCCUGGAUAAAGAACGGCCUCUACUUCCACAACAACCCUUUGAUCUGUGACUGUAGCCUUUAUAGUCUCCUGGCUCACUGGCACAUCCUCCGGCUCAACUCAGCCCUGGACUUUAAAGACGAGUACAGCUGCUAUCUCCCCGGGCCCCAGAAAAUCAAGGUGGGGGUCUUCGACCUGAACAGAGACUAUAUGAACUGUAGUACGUUCCACGAGGCGGACCAGGAAGCUUGGCUGGAACAGACUCUGAUCUUGCGCUGUGAUACUAAACACAGGGAUCUGUCUAAGACCUGGGUGAUGCCUGGUGACGUAGUGGUGACGGAGGGGUUUAAUCAGACAGCCAAGGUGCUUCCUGACGGCAGUCUCCAGAUCGGCCCGGUGAAGCCGGACGACUCGGGGACGUAUACGUGCUAUGCUGUGAGCGAAGUCCUCAACGAGACGCUCUACGUGCUGCUCAAGGUGCAUAACUUCACGGAGAAGGGAAACGGCGAGAACCUGAAUACGGCCUACACCACCCUGGUGGGCUGCGUGACCAGUGUGGUCCUAGUGUUCAUCUACCUGUUCCUGACCCCCUGCCGAUGCUUCUGCUGCCCCAAGAACAACCACCAGGACUCCUUCCACUCCUCCAUGCUCAGCCAUGAAGACCUGGCCAACAACCCUGACCCAAGGCACGUGGCUUUCAUCGACCCCAAGGAGCUUGGGCAGAACGGGAAGGUGAACCCCAGCGAUAUAGAGGGGGACCAGGGAGAGAUGGAUGAAGAGGGAGGGUUACUGGGGAAGGGAAGGAGGAAGAAGUCUGUGGCUGAGUCUAUUAAUUUGGUCUUCUCUGACACCCCCAUAGUGGUCUGAGAUGGUACGGACCGGAGAACUCGGUGUACGCUGUGACGUGAUUGGAUGGAUCAGUGAUGUAUGUGGUGUGAUUGGAUGAAACUGUGAAUUCUUCCUGGAGGUGGGAACUUGGACAGAAAGCCAAUCACAGUUCCCCAAACUGACCAAACUGACCAAUGAGAAGCUUCAGGGGAGUGUUAAACACAUCGCCUUGGUAUCAACAAGGACAAUUGACAACUAGACAGGACCGUUCCAGCAUUUAUUUUGUAGCACUUAAAUAUACAGUACAUACUGUGAAAGCCUGACAGAGUAGUGUAAGAAGACACUGUUCCUUCCUGUGGUACGGUAAUGGUGGAAGAGGAUAUUAUGUUGGACAGUCUCAGUACUCAGGAAGACAUUGACUGCAGGAGAUACAGAGAAUAUGAGACGUGCAGCAUUUUAAACAUUUCAUGAAAGGAUAUAAAAUAUAAAUGAACACGUUUUUGGGAAAAUCAAAUAGUUCAUACAUAUGACGUAAUCCAGUCAUGAACAUGAGCCCUGUAGACUGACUCACAUUUCUAUUUACUGAUAGGAGUAGACUAGCGUGAGCGUCUUCUGCAGACGUUAGUACGUACACACGAUAGCUAUACCGGUAGAAAUGGAAUGACUUUAUAUUACUUCCUGACAUGGGUACAUUCAAUAUGGCCGUCAGUCCACCCAUCAUAGAACAUAGACUUGGAUGGGAAUGUCUAUUCUAGUAAUUCUAUUUCUAUGUAUAUACCCCUCCACCCCGACCGACAGACAGACCGACAGGCCGACCGACAGACAGACAGACAGACAGACAGACAGGCCGACCGACAGACAGACAGACAGACAGACAGACAGACAGGCCGACAGACAGACCGACAGACAGACCGACAGACAGACAGACAGACAGACAGACAGACAGACAGACAGGCCGACCGACAGACAGACCGACAGGCCGACAGACAGACAGACAGACAGACAGACAGACAGGCCGACCGACAGACAGACAGACAGACAGACAGACAGGCCGACAGACAGACAGACAGACAGACAGACAGACAGACAGGCCGACAGACAGACCGACAGACAGACCGACAGACAGACAGACAGACAGACAGACAGACGUCUUCAGAGUUGGCCAAACUCUCCAUUAUGUUUGCUACCAGCAGGUCAUGAAUAAUCGUUACCGGUGAGUCAUACUGAAGAGGAGCAACAUGUUAUCAACAAGCGUCACCUUACAGCCCACAGACCAGACAGAGUGGGAACCAGGAAAUGUGACUUCUAUUCUACUCCCUCGUAGUUAGGUCAGAUAGUUAUUUAGUCAUAAUGAGAUAGCAACAGAGCACAAUAGUGGAAUAGAAGAUCAUUGUGGUUCACUUGAUAAUUGACUUAAUUAUAAUUAUAGGUCAACCACGGUACGAAGACUUUACCCUUGUUAAGGGGAAUCCCAGAAGACCCUUGUUAAGUCAUGCGUUCAUAUAAUCUAACAUGGAGAAUUAUAAUCAUCGUAAGGAAGAAGAAACAGUGGUAUUUAUUUUAUUUAUUGUUGCUAUGUUUUUUAGAGGCCAGUUACUAAGAGAUUAGAUAUUAUACUGACAAUAUAUAUAUAAAAACGCAACAUGUAAAGUGUUGGCCCCUGUGUUUCAUGAGCUCAAAUAAAAUGUUCCAUAGGCACAGAAA